GUAAUGUGCACAGCACAACGAUGCAGAACGGCUUGACCCCUCAUCGCGAAUGCUGGCCGGAACUUACGUGACGCGAUAGGCGUAUAUAACUGACGUACGGUGUCUUUUAUCGACUCAAUACCUCAAGGAACCACCACCAGCAACGAAGUAACGUAAGAACGAACUCACCAUUCACAAUGGCAACCGCCAACAUUGACCAUUUGCUCGCCGAAUCGAAGGCCGAGUACAGGCAAUUGGGCAAGUCCGGAUUGCGUGUCUCGGUGCCCAUUCUAGGAGCUAUGAGUUUAGGGGACAAGAGGACUCUGCCGUGGUCUCUUGAAGAGAAGGAAGCAUUGCCGAUACUCAAAGCUGCGUACGAUAGGGGCGUCAAUACGUGGGACACAGCAAAUACCUAUAGUAACGGCGAAAGCGAACGAAUCAUUGCGAAAGCAAUCGAAACCUACAAAAUCCCGCGAGAAAAGGUCCUCAUCUUGAGCAAGUGCUUUAGCUAUGUCGGAGAACAACCUGAGCUGCGGGCUGUACUUUACCGCGAGCAAUUGCCUAAGUUGAAGGAUUAUGUCAACCAAGGAGGACUAUCGAGGGCGGCGAUAUUCAACCAGGUCAAUGCUUCCUUGAAGAGGCUGAACACGGACUACAUCGACCUACUACAAAUCCAUCGGUACGACAAAGUCACGCCGAUUGAGGAGACAAUGGAGGCAUUGAAUGAUCUUGUCAGAAGUGGCAAGGUCAGGUACAUUGGAGCGAGCAGCAUGUGGGCUACAGAAUUCGCGGAGAUGCAGUUUGUGGCAGAGAAGCACGGCUGGACGAAGUUCGUGUCUAUGCAGAAUCAGUACAAUCUGCUCUAUCGGGAAGAAGAAAGAGAGAUGAACAGGUUCUGCAACAAGACGGGAGUUGGCUUGAUUCCUUGGGCGCCCCUUUGCCGUGGCCAUCUCGCUCGGCCCGCAUCCCAAUUUGGCACCACCCCUCGUUCCGCGGGAGAGCAGAAACAGUCAAUGUGGACGACCGGAACACUGGAGGCUGAUAAGAAGAUCAUACAACGCGUGGAGGAGCUGGCCGAGAAGCAUGGUUGGAAGAUGAGCGAGGUUGCCUUGGCUUGGAUCAAUAAGAGGAUUUCAUCACCGAUUAUUGGAUUCAGUACUGUUGAAAGGAUAGAUGAAGCUCUUGGAGCACGGGGCAAGACUUUGACUGAUGAGGAAGAGAAGUAUCUUGAGGAGCUCUACCAGCCUCGUGCGGUGGAGGGGCAUUUCUAGAGAGACAAAGUACGUACAUAUAUCAAUCUACCAAGGCUCCGGAAAAUAGUGCGAUUCGGUACCUUCGUUACACCCCUAAAAUUUCAACAUCUGUUACCACUGCCAUAGAUGGUGUUACCCAGGCAAUAAGCUUUGUAGCGAAAAAUUUACAAAGCUAAGCAAUUAGAAGGCUGGUGCAUAUCUCGUCAACAACAAACAAAGCACAGUUUGUGGAAUAGUAGC